UGUCAGAUACCCGAAGCAGAGAGCCUACUGAAUUAUGAAUGUUGCCCACAACGUCCACGUAGCAAAUGGCUCCGUGUACGUUCCGCCACCGGACUACGGAGACGUGCCUCCGACAAUCCUCAACGCCCCGGUGACGCCUGGAUUUGUGGCGCCGCCCCCUAUCGAGCAAGGCGACUGGUGGACGCAGACCAAGCUGUGGUACAGGCAGCAGUGGAAGAAGACCGACCCGGUGCUUCCGGCGGUGCCGGCGUCACUAGGCCUCGCUGCGACCGCAGCGUCCCUGGCGGGCAAUCUCACCGGCACUGGAAUGGUGAUGAUACCCUUUGCCUUCGUGUGGAUAGGGUGGAGUGCUAUUCUUUGGCUUCCACUGUUCGGAGUUCUCGCGGCCUUUAGCGCGAGCCUGCUCGAGUCAUGCUGUGAAAUGUUGGAGGUGCGCUACGAAGAGUACCGCCGGUUCCACUGGUACACACAGUACUCGGACAUCGCCAACAGAGCCUUGGGACCAGCACUAGCGAAAGUCGUGACGGCCCUGCGGUUCCUCUGCGUCGUGGGAGUCUGGGCCGUGGUCAUUGUUAUCGCAUCGGCCGCUAUGGUUGACUUCGUUGCCGCCCUCAUGCCAACGCCAAUCCCAAAGGGAUACGUCUACUGCAGCCUUGUCACUGUCUACGGAGUGUUUUUCACACUCUACAGCGGCCCUGUGGCACCCCAUGGAAGAUACUGGCGAGUGUGA